AUGCUAACGGAAGGACUUAAGCUGAAGUGGGAAUGGUGUAUUCCGCACAUGACCAAUGCUGCCACAAAAGCCGCAUGUGGUAUUGUGAAUGACAAGACCAAGUCUAAAAACCCAUCAAUGACGGAAUUGAUAUCUCGCAUUGGGAAAACUGUGUUUCAGGUUCGUCACGUCGAGGUGAUGGGGUCUCUAUUUGAGGAGCUCUGUGAAAUGACUGGAGAAGGCAAGUCUCGUACUUUGAUCGAGUUCAAACCGCAUCGGUUUAUGGGCCUUACAAAAGUGAUCUUGCGCAUACUGGAAAAGUGGGACCAACUUGUCGUUUGGUUUGGUGAGCGAAUCUCAAAAGCGCUGCGGUCUGGACUUGCACCUCCCGAAGGCUUCCCUUUAGCCGCAGACAAACUGGAUUUGAUUCAACUGGUUUGCAUUCUGCAGCCAAUUACACUUCUCAACCGACGAGCUCAAAGUGACUGUGCGAAUCAAAUUGAUGUCCUCUUGACUUUGUACAGACUUCGACAAAAUGUUUUAGAUCCGUCUGCUGCGCUCGUGGAUUACCGCACCAAGCAUUUACGGCCACCACGGUACUUCGCUGUUGUCGAGUUGACACCAUUGGUCUCCAAGACGCGUCAAUUACUCGCCGAUGCAUUUCACGAUCGAUUCUUUUCUCGCUAUACCAACCGAACAAAAGUUCGCAAGAUGUCGUACAUCUUCGAAAUUCAACUACUCCUACACCCCAAACUUAAGAACCCCGAUGGAGUGCUCGCAAGGAUGAUUCAUUUGUGCAACCAGCAGCUUGUUAUCGAACCGGCUAAUCCGUCAAAACGAUUGCGUCCUGAUGAAGUAUCUCGAAUGGUGAAUUAUGUCAAGACAACCAUUAUUGACCAACUAAAGUCUUUGAUGCUAUCGACUGCACCUGUCCAAGAAAUCAGCACGUCUCAAAUACCCAAUUCGAACUCGCAGCCUAUUAUGUUCUCUGAAGACCUUAUGGACUUCUAUGAACAAGACGAGGGUACUGCCGAGGCGCCCUCGAACGACGUACAGAAAUCCCGGAUUGAAGACGAGUUGGAGCGGUGGAUCAGUCAGCCUGUGACUAUGGACCGAAAUGGACAAAAUCAAGCCGAGCAUGUUCUUGAAUUUUGGAGUCGCCAGACCAAUAGGACAUAUCAGUUUCUUCCUUCAGUUGCGCGUAUUGUGUUUGCCGUUCCUACUUCAUCGGCUCAGAUUGAGCGCGACUUCGGUAAACCGGAAAUUUAUUGA